CUUCCUACAACAUAUUCUUAUCUCACCCUCUCACUCAACGCAUCCCUUCUCUCUCUCUCUUUCUCUCUUUUCUUUUUCUCUCUUCUAUCCCUUCCCGUUCUCUCUUGCAUCUCUUCCUUUUCCCUUGUGCAAGGGGAGAACUUAGAAGAAAAAUGGCAGACUGCAAACAUGGUGAAGACUUCUAUGCCUCCCAAGACCAUGAAGGAACAACCACGGCCAAGAAAUACGGAGGACUGGUGCCGAAGAAGAAGCCCUUAAUCUCAAAGGACCAUGAACGUGCCUUCUUUGAUUCAGCAGACUGGGCAUUAUGUAAGCAAGGUGCAGGAGUUAAUCAGAAAUCGACUGUGGCAAUAGAGACUUUGAGACCAAAACUGCAGAGAACGCCACACCAACAGCUACCCCCGAGAAGACCUGCUUGUACAUCUGGUCGAGAGAAUGUUGGCCAAUAGAUUCCAUCAGGUGGUCGGAGGAGGAAGUGGGAAUUGAUCAAUGUUUAUAACAUUCUUAUGGUGAUGGAAAUUGAAUUUACAUUGCAAUGGGCGCUUGAACUAGUUUAUCUUUUUAAUAAAAAGGGAGAGAGUCUUCAUUGUUGGAGAAAAGAGACAUGCUAUGUUCUGUAAUUAGUUCAACAAUGGUUGGGAAUUCGAUUAAUUUGGUUAAUUUAGUUUAGAGUUUUUUUCUUUAA